AUGGCAAGGACGGUGAAGGUAGUUUUAAGGUUAGAUGUGCAUUUUGCCAUGAAUUACAUGCGAAAAGGUAACAGACAGAGAUAGUCGAUUGAAACUUUUGCGGGAUUCGAAUCGUUGCUUUGUUUGUCUAAGGAUAGGGCACCGCGCAAAUACGUGUGAUACCACAAAGAAGUGUCGACAUUGCUCUGGACAACAGCACCAAUCUAUUUGUAAUAACCCUAGCAACAACCGUCAACAAUGUGAUGACAAGAAAGUUCCCGAGAACCAAAAUUCUAAUAAAGGUCCCGAAGGUUCAGACCCUCCCACUACCGCAGCUGUUACCCAGACAACCAAAGGAAGUGUUUUGUUGCAGACUGCCAGAGCUACUGUAUCGAAUGGGUCAAGAUUAGUUCCUGCCCGUAUAUUGUUUGAUACCAGAAGUCAAAGGUCUUACAUCUGGAAGUCGGUUCAAAAUCGAUUAAGGUUAAACCCGAUUGGAAAAGAAACCCUUCAACUAAACACCUUCGGCGAAAGCAAGUCUAAACGAGAAAACUGUGAAGUGUGCAAGGUAAACAUUGCAAACAAGAACAAUGGCAAAAGUAUAGAAAUUACUGCAAUUGGUUUUCCAACGAUUUGUGCACCCCUUCUCGCUAAGGUAAACAUAAGCAACAGUUUAGGCAAAACCCGGUUGGAUUGGUGGCGGACAUUGAGAAAGCGUUCUUGAUGAUCGGAAUCAACGAGGAAGAUAGGAAUAUGCUAAGAUUUUUAUGGUUAAAGGAUGCUAAAGAUCCACACUCUGAAAUUCUGAAGCUUAGAUUUUGUCGGUUGGUUUUUGGCUUACGACCCUCUCCGGCAAUCUUGGGAGCCACCAUUCAGCAUCAUCUAGAAACACGCGAGAAGCAGAAACCUAAAAUUGUUGAACAUCUAAAGAAAUCACUAUAUGUCGAUGAUUUUGUAUCGGGAGCUGAAAAUGAUGAAAGGGCACUAGAAAUCUACAAGGGUUCGAAGCAGUUGAUGAGUACAGGAGGAUUCAAUUUAAGAAAAUGGAGUUAGAAUUAUGAUAAUGUAGUGAAGGCCAUAGAUGCAUUGGAAAGCAGCGAAACAAUGAAUAGUUCAACCAAUAGUAAGUCCGACGUUGUUCAAGAGGACUUGUCAUAUACAAAGUCGACAAUUGCAAAGGAAUCCACUGUAACCGAUCCCACACAAGUGAAGGUCCUGGGUAUGGCAUGGGACACUGCUGAAGAUAAGUUUUUGUUCCAUUUGGAGGAACUGGUCGAGCACGCGAAAUCACUUCCUGUUACGAAGAGAUCAUUGUUAAAGUGGUCAUCAAAGAUCUUUGAUCCAUUAGGAUUUUUAUCUCUGUUUACGAUAAAGCUUAAGAUUUUAUUCCAGGUAAUGUGCUUGGAUUGACUGGGACAGUGAAUUGCAAGGAGAUGCAAGUAAGCAGUGGGAUGCUUUGAUAUCAGAGCUAGAAUUCCUUAAAACGGUCCGAGUGCCAAGAUGUUAUUAUAUUUCCAAUCAGAAUCGUCUCAUUACGCAAAUUCACAAAUUUAGCAAUGCGUCCGAGCGUGCAAUUGUCUACACGAGAACAGUUUACAAGAACAGUUGCGUUGACAUGAAAUUAAUGGCAUCGAAAACAAGAGUUGCGCCUGUCAAGAAGCAAACAAUUCCCCGUUUAGAACUGAUCGGUGCAACAUUACUAGCGAAGUUAGUAAGUUCGGUGUUGAGUGCACUCGAGUGGAAUGUGGAAAUAUUCUAUUGGGUUGACUCAAUGACUACACUGCACUGGAUACGAAACAGUCGUAUUUGGAAACAAUUCAUGCAACAUUGAGUGAACGAAAUAAGAAGUCUUUCACCUGUGGAGGCUUGGUGUUUUUGUCCAGGAUCCUUGAACCCGGCCGAUUUGCCUUCGCAUGGCAUUUCUGCUCAGGAACUUUCGAACAAAUCAUUAUGGUUUAAAGGACCCGAAUUCUUUGUUAAUGACGAAGACCAGUGGCCAAAAUGUCCAGCUACUAAUAAACCAGAACCAGAUGAAGUAUUGCGAGAAGUUGCUAAACAACCUUCGAAGUUAUAA